AUGGUCAAAUGCAACCACAUCUCACUGUACAACGAUUGUAGCCCUGCCGCCCAAGAUGCAGGCUUCACAAGACCACCGAUGAACAAGCUUUUGGCGGCAGUUUCACAAAGUGGAAAACGUCCUAGAGAACCUGUACUUCACCAAGACGCCAUGAAGAACCCGUGGACGUUUCCCGGGCCUUUGGUACUGCCAGACGACGAACUAGCAGUGGAACCCGAUGAUGAUGGACAGACGUUCAAAGAGUGGUUUGAUAUGCCAUCAGAAGAUGAAAGAAACCAAGUCACGACAGAAACGAAGACUAUUUACGUCAUCUUGCCGCCUACCAUUCCUCAAGAUUUGGAGGAGAUGAUGAAAGAUUGGCACAAACCUGUUCUACCUGGAUCAGCUCAAGACUUGGACAAGUGGACGCCUUCAUCACCUCGAGUCAAUGAUUUGAUCGGUUAUCUGCGCGCCUUUUAUCAUGGUAUGAACGUUGUGCAGUACCAAGAAACUUUUACAUGGCGACCAUGGAACGAGAAGCCAAAAGCACGCUCAAAAACAACAAAAAUCGGACUUGAAACGCCCGGGGAACCAGAUGUAUGGGACGUCAGAUGUCGACCAUUGGACGGACGUGCUAGAAUACAGGUUAACUUGGACGACGUUGCAGAUGCCCUUCUACAGAGAAUACCAAAUGAUGCCUUCGCUGUCAUCAUGCUCACAGACUACGACUUGUAUGAAGAUGAGGAUGAUGAUUUUACGGUUGGUAGGGCAUGGGGUGGGAGCAGAGUCUGCAUUGUUUCCUCGUUUCGAUACAAUCCUGCUCUGGAUGGUCCGGCUGGGAUAGAUCGGAUGCAUAUGUGGCCGAAUUCUCACUGUAAAACAUUCGUGGAUAACGAGUGCAAAGCUGCAGCAGAAGAAGAACAACAACCCCGUGUUGCGAAAAGAGUCAAGAAAUCGAGCAGCGCAGCAUAUGGAAAACCACCAUCCGACUCUGCACUCAGUCUCGCCGUCCAAGCAACAAAACGAGUCCCCAAACUCACGACAAGAGAUGAACUCGCGAGCUACUGGUUCGCCCGUCUAGCCAUCACGGUAUCUCACGAACUAGGUCACUGUUUUGGCUUCGCACACUGUCCAUACUACGCAUGCGUCAUGCAAGGCGUGAACAGUGUCCGACAGGAUGGCCAAGUGCCGCCGUAUCUCUGUCCAGUGUGUUCAGCCAAGUUGGCCUGGGAACUUGGACCGUUGUUGGGUGGUAGUGGAAGUCGGGCUGAGAAGCAAGAGGUAUGGGUUGGAGAGCAGAUUAGUUCUCUGAAGGAGUUUUGUGGAAGAUGGAGUCAUGUUGCUCAGUUUGCAGGUUUUGAGGCCUGGUUGGGGAAGAGACUAGAUGAUAUAAAAGAGGGAAGAUGA